UUCAACUGAGCAGCAUGGCAACGUUUGGAAAUGGUAAUGCAGGAAAGGUCUUAGUUGUAGUACUGCACACACUGUAAUAAUGGCACAGAGGGUAGCAGAAAGUCAGCUGGACUCCUGUAUCUUGCAUUCCCAGAGCUGCAAGACUGGAACUAAGGAAAUCUUACACUUUCUACAGAAAUUAAAAGAAUAUUCAAGGCAUUCUGUGAAGAGGUGCAGAGAAAAGGCACUAGGUGAGGCCUUGAACUUGCUGCGUGGAAGCAGGACCUUUUGGAAUGCUGAGGAGGACAGUUGGCUUGCUGUAGUGCGCUGCGUGCUUCUUCUGCAGGUGGAAGCUGCUUCCAGUCCCAGUUGCUUCCAGAAACUGGAUCGGAUUUUAGUUAUACUUGCAGAAGGAAAUGAAGCUGCAGUGGUUGACGAAAUACGAGCACAUUUGACUGCUGUUGAAUCCAGGAAGGACAUUUUAGUAAAGGAUCUUCAGACAGUUUCAGCAUUCAUGGAGGAGAGCUGUUUUGGACACCUAGUCUGGAAGGAGAAGCUACAUUUAUUGUUGGAGACUGUGGCUAAUGCUUUUGAGCACCUCCUGGAAGGGGGACAGGAAGAUGCGGGCAGAAAUGGUGAACAGUGUUACCUAUUGGUUAAGCUUUGCCUUCAGACCUUUCAGCGGUUGCCGGAGGAUGUUGCUGUAUUUGUUUGGAGUAAAGCACAUGGUGGUGAAAGCUUGCAGAGGAUUCUGAGACAUCUGGUGCAGGUAGUCAUGGGUAGCGUGACCAACAAAGAUAGUCGACUGCUGGCUGGUGUUGCACUUGCCAUGCUAAUCAACACAGCACCUGACCCAGGAGGUGGAGCUACUGCCACACUGCAUCUCUUACAGCUGGGUACACCAGGAUUAAACAGUUUAGUGGUGGGAGAACUUCAAGUCCCUGCCUGUGCUUGUGUUCUGAAGGAACCAGAUGGGAUGGAAAAACUGACAUUAUGUAGAGGCCUGGUUACUAGCUGCAGAAAAGAGAUCCUUAUCCAUGGGCUGAAACUUGAAGCUUCGCAUAAGUGUUGUGUCCUUUUAGAUGUAAUUUUUCCAGUUAUCUACUCCCUUUGUGAAGAAUGCCAUCUGAAUUCUCAGUAUCUCACUUUACAAGCUGUCUCUCUCUGGCUAAAAUGUGUUAAGGACAGUUUGCCUAACCUAUGGGAAGAAGGUGUUCCUCGGUUGUUAGGUGAUGAUUCUGACCUUCUACACAAGCUAACUAAGCUGAUCUGGAGCAAUGCAGAGAGCCCGGUAGAAGGUGUGCCUGAGUUGGCAAACAGCACAUUUCAUUUGCUGCUGGACAUCAAUAAACUGGAAUGUCAGCAUUUCCAGGAUCACUGUGAGCACUUUUACAUGUCCGUACUACAGAGGAUCAUAGCCCUGCCUUGGCAAGUCAAAGCCAGAUACAUGCCACUGGCCACUCUGCUCCCAUAUAUGGGACUAGAGAAGGUCCUGGCGAUUUAUAAAGACCUCCCUCAGCACAUUCUGAAUGCUCUCUCUACUAAUUACUUAUCACCAUCUGUUACUGAGGUAUAUAGGACUGCGCUGCAGCUGCAGAGAGAGGCAUGUCUGUUGGAAAUGCUACCAUUAUCUGAGGAUGAGCUGGCAAGCCAAUGGGCACGGCAUUGGCUUGGGACCCUCACUGCAGCCUUAACCUCUGAAGAUGCCUUCUUGCAAAAUAAUGCUUCUAACUACUUGCUGGUCUGGACCCUCCGCAUUUUUCCUUCAGCAUUCCAGCUGCUAGUAAACCAGUUCAGCUGUGGACAGCAUGCAGAGUUGCGAGCAACCAUCACUCUGCUCAGUGUAAGAAGAAUGAUCACAGGUGUACUUCCUUAUGAUACCGAGACCUUAAAGAUGCUUCGGGUGUGUAUGCAUGCACAGGAUGAGAGCACACGUCUAGCUGUAAUUGGACUUCUUUGUCGAAGCCCCAAAACUAACCAGGCCCUUACAGAUGUAGAACUGGAUCUUUUAAAGGAGAUCCUUCCUUUGAAUAUGAACAGUGAUUCUUCAUCUUUCAGACAACUGCUACAUGCUAACAUGAAGAAAGCACUGGUGAGGCUGAGGGAUAGUUGCUUGCUUUUACUCCGACAAAGAAAGGGAAGGAAAACUUCCAUAGGGUCUCAUCAGAAAAUAUGUUUGGUUCAUCCCAAUGACUCACUGUCUGCUGGAGUAGAUUUUGUGGAGUGGAUGACAAAGCUGGUAAUUUCCUCACUUGCACCUGGCAUGAACUACCAGCGGAAGAAGACUGCUCUCUUGCUACUGUCUGCUGUGUUAGAGACCUGCACUGAUAGCUGGACACCAGAGAAGAAGAAGGGUCAGCCACCUGCACACAUGGUGGAGCUGGUUGAAUAUACCAGGGAAAGAGGAUGCUGGGAUUUUUUCUCAAGGACCAAUCUGUUGACCUUGCUGAGUUGCUUGCAAGAUGGCACCAAUGAGAUACGUGAACUGUCUGCAGAGUUACUUGUAAAGUAUUUUCCUGGUAGCUUCCCAGAAGACCUUGCAGUUGCUUUGUGGGAUCAGGCUCGGAAGAAUAUAUGCAGUCCCAGAGUUCCUGAGGCUGAUGCUGGAGCACUGAUGAUGAAGACAGUUCUCCAGAAAUUUGAUGACUGCAUCCUUAGAAAGGUUCUUGCAGAAGGGGAACACUUUCAUGAAACACCUUGCAUGGCUGUAAGUUUUAUUGCUUACCUUCUUCGUGAGCUACAGGACCAGUUUAAUGUAGCCCGUGGAGAUCUUUUGCAGGCCGCAGGUGCAAAGGGACUACACGGUGUGCUUACAUCUCUGCGCAGGUGUCUGAUUGAAGCUCCAGAGGUGGCUAUUUCAAUGCAGAAGACAGAACUUAGAAACAGAUGGCAGGAGCAACUUGGCUAUUUGGUGAUGUUAGUGCAGGAGCUCAGCACUUUCCUCCUUGGCAUUUUAUAUGGCACACAGGACACUGACUCUCAGCAGCAUGAAGUUGCUCCAUCAUUUGCAGAAAUGGGUAAUGCUAUCCAAAAUCUUAUUGCACAGGGAAAGGGUUUGGCACAAUCUGACUGUGAAGAUUCAGUGCUUCUGUCAGAGGAGCACAGCCUUAUACUCACAUGCUGCUGGGUCUCAAUUAAGGAAAUUGGGGUGCUGAUGGGUACCUUAGUUGAAAAGGUACUCUUGCUUGAACCAGUGGAAAGUGCGCCACCACUGAUGGUGAUAGAAGAUUUGAAGACAACAGCUACUGUUUUCAAAGACGUAAUGCUGAAAUGCCGACAUUGGGGUGCUGUGGAAGGUUGUGGCGCUGGAUUUACCAAGUUCUGCUCACUUCUCCUAAAUCAUCGCGAUUCUGUUUUACGGGAUAUUCCAAGAUGCAUGCUAGAACAGGCUCUGAUGUUGUUAAAGAGUGUACGGAACAGUUCCAUCACCCGCAGGGCUGCUGGGCUUCCUAUGCUCCUGCUGUGUAUUCUGAUUGGUGAAGACGGUAAUGGCUUCCACCCACUGCUGGCACAGUGCAUUGGUAUGCUGCUAGAAACUGCCCACUCCUCUCUCCCUGAAGAAUGGGACCAGACACUUGACUUGCCCCAGGUUUCUGCAGUGCAUAUCCUCCAGACAUUGGUCCGUAGUUCAGAACUGGGCAUGGCCGUGCUCCAGUAUGCUCCUGCUUUGAUGAUCCUUGCUUUGAAAGCACUGACCUCUCCCUGCUGGUCCAUGAGGAAUGCGGCCAUGCAGUUAUUCAGUGCACUGACUGCUCGGAUGCUAGGCCAGAGAAGGAGUAAGGAGGAUACAUCGGCUCAGAACGGGAUGUCUCCCCAAGCCUUUUUUAGCAACUACCCUGAGUUACAAGAUGUGCUACUGAAGGACCUGCGUUUGGCAGCAAGUUUUGGAAGAGUACCAAAGAAAGGAAAAUUUCACCUUUUCCCUUCCCUUCAGUCAAUCCUGGCCCUUUUGGCAAAACUUCUGCCAGCUGCAUCUGUAGAUGCUGACAGCUGUUUUCUGGAAUUCUUGGAGAUUCUACGUUUGCUUGCAGGCUCCCCUGUCUACGCAGAGCGAGUAAUGGCUUCUAGAGCUCUUGUACCAUUUGUCAUCCCAUCCCAGUGUUAUCCACUUCUUCUGAGCUUGGUUACAGAAUUGCCUCAAGAAGGUGAUGUAUUUUCCCACAACGCACUACAUGGUUGUUUGCUGCAGAUACAUGCCUUGCUGUGUCGAGCUCUGCAGAUCAAGUGUCUGACUUCUAGUGAGAUGAAGUCUGUUGCCCAACAGCUGGAAAACAGCUUGUGGCUGGCAAUGUCGAAACAGCAAUGCCCAUUGAUUGGUUCUGCCUACCUCAAGAUACUGGAGUCUCUCUCUACAAGUUUUACAAGAGAUUUCUGCCAGAAACUCCUGAAUAUCCUCAGAGCAGAACUAGUUUGCACUGUGUCCAGGCUGAAGAUUGGAAGUGCAGCUUUUCGCCAGGCUGCUGCUCGCUUAAUUUGUAUGGAAACUGCAAGAAUGGCUGAAGAAAGUGAAUUUAAUGACAUCUGCCAGUUACUGUUGAUGGAUGACAGUGACAUGCGACUGGCCAUCGUUUCCUGGAUAAAUGAGGGAAGCGUUCCUAAUUCUGGGACCCUUGCCACAGCACUGAGAAGAACUCUUAUGGAAGUCCUGCCAUCUGUGCUGGGAAAGGAGAACAACAUAGAAUUCCUGAAACUGUACCUUGAUGCCUUGGUGCUGCUACAUGGAAAACACCAUCAGCCAUUCACUACUGAUUUACCAGAGUCCCCUGCCCUAGCUGUGGAGUGUGCUAACCUUCUGUUGCAUAUGGUAGAGACAGAUUAUCGGGGUCCUGAUCUGCAGUCCAGCAUCCUGCGUGUUGCCAGCAUAUUACUUGUGCAGAGUCUGACAGCUCAGGAGCAGGAUUUGAUCAAGCUGUGGUGGCAGGCGUUGCAGAAAUACAGCACUCCUGAAAGCCCUGAGGUGCUGCGCCUUGCAGUGGCGCAUUCCUUGGAGCUCGCAGGAGUUGCCCUAGUUCAGAAGGCCCAUGGAGAGACACCAACCAUGGACCCCACACUGGCUGUGAGACUGGUUAACAUAGCCAUUAGGCUGUUGCAAGAUGAAGAUCAGGCAGUGAGGCUGCAAACUGCUCGAUUUGCUACACUGGUUCAACCCCAGCACCAGGGGUCAGCUGACAACAUCAUGUUUGUGCAGAGUAAUUGGGGCCUGGUUUGCCUGCUGAAGUUAUUGGUGCAGGACUUCUGGGACUGUGGGGAAACGUUUGAGAUGUUACUGCAGCACCUUGAGGACCAUACAUUCUGCACUGCACUGGAAGAGCACAGGACUGACAAAAAUUUCAGUCUGUAUGAACAAGAUGAACCUAAUGUAUUUGCUGAACCAGCUGCCUUUGCAAAACUUCUCUUACUUUUCUUAACAAAACUGGUAGACACAAUAGCAUUCUACCCAAGACACCACAAGGCCAUUGAAUGCUGGGUAAUAACUCAUUGGGCCAGCAUCCUACAUGAUUUAAAGACCUGCCAGAAUUGCUGGAUGCAAGGUAGUGACAGUUUAUGGAAAUUGAAAGCUGUAAGCUCUGCUAAAGUUCGCACAGCCUUUACCAUCUUGUGGGUGAAAGUUCAGUUCCUAGCACACAUCUUGGACAUAUGGGAAAGAGGCAACCGCAAUGUACAACUCAUUGACCGUACUUCCCAGGAACUGAAGCAAGAGGCGAAGAAGGCAUGUCAGCUGCUGGCCCAACAUGGAGUAAUCAUUUAGUUUGGUCAGUGAGCUCUGUACCUGUCUUUGCAGUAGAAAAACAACUAGAAAAGGAGGAUGGUCAGCAUUUCAGUCUGCUGUGUUGAUGAGUAUUAUAAGCAAGAAAGGCCACGCAUUUUUCACGGAAUUGUCUUAAUUGUGUAGCAGAGGGCACUGACUAUGAUUGGCGGCUAGAAGUGGAGCUGAAUUCCCAUGUCCAACAGUGCUGUGGUGCACUGGUGAAAAAACAAGACCCAAGCUCUACCAGUACUAAGAACGGAGUAGCACAAUUUAUUAUUUGCAUGGUUAUGGAUAUGGCUGUUUUUAGCAUGAUAUUUCAGAGAAGGUUUAUGAGGAUGGCCUUUUAUAGGAAUGUAAACCUUCAAUAAGGAAACUUUUGAUGGGUGUUGCUUUCAGGCUGACUGCAUAUGCAUCCAGUGCCUUUUUAUUUGGUGUUCAUGUCUUUUCUUGUAAAUACUUUGUAAAGUGAACUUUUGAGAAUCCUAAAUAUAUUUUAAGUUUAGUAAAUA